AUGUCAGCAUUGUUCACGUUCUCUGAGCCUGCGCAGAUUGGUAUUCGCACAGCCUUUUCACUGCUGGUGGCGGUGAAUUUGAUUGGUAACUCGCUGGUCUGUCUUGUUGUUCUCCGCAAUAGAUCCAUGCGAAACACUAUGAACUACCUGCUAGUGAACUUAGCUUGUGCUGAUAUGAUGGUAGCUAUCUUCAUAGCGCCACAGUACAUACUGCUACAUACAUUCAAGCAUCCUUAUGGCUCUUCAGGUGACUACUUAUGUAAGUUCAUUACCGGUGGCAACCUUAUGUGGAUCGGGGGCGUAGUUUCAGUUGUGUCACUCAUCGCUAUCGCUUUCGAAAGAUACUUUGCAGUAUUGUAUCCACACGAUGACAAAUUACGCAUCACCAAAACUAAACUUAAACUGAUCAUUCCAGCGUGCUGGCUGUUCUCUCUACUGUGGAACUUUCCUUUGUUCUUCGUGGUGCGUUACAGUAAAGAGUUAGACUUUUGUCACGAGGUGUGGCCAAAGGGAUGGUAUAUGAACGCAUACAGUCUAGGGUGGCUCAUUGUGAUUGGCCUGCUCCCACUGAGUAUUAUGACCUGCCUGUAUAGCCGCGUGGUUUAUAACCUUUGGGUGAGAGGCGAACAACCAGUUGAAGUCACGCAACAAGCUCUGAUCAAGUCGCGUAGACGAGUCACUAAAAUGGUUCUCACCGUGACAGUUGUGUGUGCAGUAUGCUGGCUACCAAACCUUAUUGUUUAUGUUUUGGAUUUUUAUGGUUUGAUGUCUCACGGUGGUAUUGUCCACACAACAACUGUUGUCCUGGUAACUUUAAAUUCCGCUGUUAAUCCCAUAAUCUACUGUUUUCAAAGCAAGCGCUUCAGGAUUUGUGUCAAAGCAUUAUUAUUUUCUCCAUGCACUUUGCAACGAACUGCCUUAGUGGAACCUACCCCAUGCGGUAGAGGACAAAGUCGGUCCAACAGGACAAAAAAGCGUUCCACACAUGUCAUGUGAAAUAAAUUUUUAUGAUUACACCUCAAAAAGGGCGCUAAAAUCCAACCUUGUUCUCAGAGUCUUCUUCUCUUAGAGGGACCAUUUGAAAUGAUGUUGGCCAAAAUGGACUUCGAGAUUGAGUACGAAAUGCAUCGUGAAUUCACAAAACAGGAAUACUUUUGAGGAUUUCAAGCCAGGAAUCGUUCACCCAACUGAGCUGUGUCAUUGGAGUUUUUUUUGUAGUAAAGCUUAAAAGGCUUGCGGUGCGUAACCAGCCUCUUUAGAAUUUUAAGGUCAGCGGGUGUUAGCCUGUUCCAGGCUCCAAUAUAGUAGUUGGGUCGUCCAGUAAAAAGUGAUGCGAAAAACGCAGAGACGGAAAAAGAGGGCGCCAUGCUUUCCUUCCCUACUAUACUAUCUGAGAGCCUGGUACAGCAGUCCAAGAGGGUGUUCGCCAGUAGAAACUUACAAAAAAGGAAAAAUGUGACUUUUAAAAGAUCUUUUGUAGAACACCAGUUGAAAUAUGUGCGGUUUUAGUUCUCCAUUUUUAGCGAACGUAAGGAGAAACUCCAUGACAUUUAUUUUUACUUAUAAAAGUCACCUAUUAUGUUUUGAAGAAUUACUUGAACACAAUGCAUGCUUAUCAUAUUACUGUUGUAUAAGAAAAAUAUAGUGAAAUAAUUUAUGGCAGGGAAACUUAACGUAAUGAGACAAAAUUGAUAUAAGUUGUUGUAAAUUUACAAAUGUAGGAAAUGAAAGUUUUAAAGAUAUCCUGUUAUAUAUUGCUCAAGUCCAUAUAGCGUCGUUUAAUUCAUUUUAUUGCCAGAGAUAUUGAAUAGUAUCACUAGGAAAAGUGCAGGGCUCAAUUGUAGACACAAAUCAUGUCAUCAUUGGUACAAAGUUAUACAUGCAACCAGCCAUCUCGCUUAUAAUAAAAUCGAUCUAAGGAAUAAAGCAUCAUUAGAUCCACAGCUCCCUGGAGGUACUCCCUUAUAUUUCCUACCCCAAAGGGGUUUGGGUUUUGCACCGUUUUGGUCUGAAAACGGGUAUAGACUUUGCCCAUUUUGGUCUGAACUUGGGUAUGGUUUUAGAGGGAAUACGGGAGUGCAUGAACGUAUUUGUCAUUUCAGUUCCAAAUGAAUAACAAAGAAAGAUUCGAAUAUGCCAAUUCGAAAUGGGUUUCAUGAAGAAAUCUUUUUGUUGGCGUGCUAAUUUAAGUAAUGAUAACAUAAUUUCUGCUUACGCAAGGUCUGAAAACGGGUAGAGGGUUAAGAGGCCAGGCAGGUCUAAAAACGAGUGUGGAAAAUGAUAAUUUUUUAAGUCUGAAAUAGGGUCAGGAUUUGGAGAACCGGGCGGCACAACCCCACCACAAAUUUCCCGGAAUACCCGCCCCCUCCUCCCCCCCCCAACCUAACCACAGCUAAUAUCAUCAGUGACUAAAGAAACUGCUACUUUGCUACUACUAGUUCAUAAAAGUUUUGUCAUGUUCAGGUGAAAGCAUAAAAUAGGGCACAUCCCGACUCGCGUUAAAUAAAUGAACUGAACGCUGACUGGUAUGACGUUGCGUUAAGUUUUGCUUUGAUUAGUCACCAAUGAGAUCAAACAAUCUGUGAUCGAUAGAUGGAUAGAUAGUUUAUUCACCUUAAAAACUUUCAGCCAAAGGGCUGAAUUGCGAUAAGGGUUUGCAAAUGUAAUAAAUUACAAAUAAUUAAAGAUAGAUAUUAAUUUACAUUUUUAAAACUGUUAUAAAAUCACAAAUUCGAAAGCUAUACAAUAAUAAACUCAUUGCCUGUAGUUCUCAACUUCUGUAAACAUAAGUUAAUGGAAAGACUAUUCUUGCAUCUUUCAGUUUUACUCUGGACGGAUAAACGUUUUAUGUUCUCUCAGAAAGUAGCUGAUAUCUACUUGGAAGUAGACUAAUUUUGGAGACAGUGAGAUUGAUUAGCACACUGUACUUCGUCGAACAACCAUUUGCCGUAUUAUUGCCUCUCUUUUAUCAUACAGUGUUAAAAGUCCAGACAGCUCUAGAGUCUUAGCAUAUGAUAGCUCAGAGUAAAUAAUCUUCAUAGCGCGUUUUUGCAGUCUUUCUAGGCCUUUGCUUAGAUAACCUGGUAGAUCGCGAUGAAAAACUGGGCUGCCGUACUCCCAAACAGAUAGUCUUCACGUUAACUGUUUGCCCGAUAACAACAAAGGUGGAUUUUGGUCCACGCGCGUGGAAACAUAGUGUUUUUGGCGCUAAAAUGCUACAAACCUUUUCCAACCACAAAUUUUAGCCCCUAAUGGGAUUCAAUUCUUUCCAGCCUUUCUGUGCUUCCUUUGUCACGUUCAAUCGUCUGUGAAGAAACAGCUGGGCUGAGUGCCAAAGUGUGUCAAAAAUCCGUGUUCUAUAGGCAAAUUUCGAGGUCAUAAUAACCACGAAGCUAGCUAGCAAUAUUUUUCACUCAUGGACACAUCUGAAAUGUACCCCACUUUCUCUUUUUGAAUAUAAUGACUUGACGCAUUCUCAUGAUGACUGGUAUUGUCCUAGCUGCCUCUCUGACACGUUUCCUUUUAAUCAUUUUGAUAGUGAUACCGAUUUCCAUUUUGCCUUGUUAGAUCUUCAACCUUCUGCCAAUUUUGACCGCUCUCCUUUGGGAACUAAAUAUUUUAAUCCGUUCUUGGAACACCCUGAUACUUAUCAACUUCUUCACAACCCUGACCUUGAUCCAGACAUCAAUAUGCUCUCAUCAACUUCUAACUUACUAUCUAGAUGUACUUAUAUGAACAGUACACAGUUCAACAAUCUGUUCUCUGACUCCUCUAACUCCAACUGCUUCUCAUUAUUUCACUUGAAUAUACGAAGCUUUAAAAAACACUCUGUUGACCUAGAGGAAUACCUCUCCACCCUAAAUACAUCUUUCUCAGCCAUUGGCCUCAUGUCUAAUGAUUUGUAUAGUAUCCCUGGUUACCAUUUUAUUUCUAAACCAAGACCUGUUGGAUCAGGAGGUGGUGUUGGCAUAUUUCUUUGUGAUACUUAUGAAUACAAGAAAAGGUGUGACCUUGAAUCUAUGAAUUGUGUCCUUAAAUCUGUUUUUGUUGAAAUUGUCCCACCAAAUAAUGAGAAAAAUGUCAUCUUGGGCUGUUUAUGCAAACUCCCUAACGUUCAGACUGAAAUCUUUAAUGAUGAAAUUAAACAAGUCCUUGCUAAAACUGGCUUUGAGAAUAAAUUAUGUUUCCUUUUUGCUGACUUUAACAUCAAUAUUCUUAAUGAUGACUAA